GUUGUACUUUCAGUUUCCAGUUUCCACUUUCCAGUUUCCAGUUCCCAACUCUCUCUCUCUCUCUCAAACUCAAACUGAAGACUUGUUCUGAACCCAAUCACUCAGUUUCUGUCUCAACGCUGGAUUUGGACUUGGAUCUGCACUUUACCUAACAAUGGAUGAAAACCCUUCUGCGGGAGAGAAUGGGGAAAUGAUAGAGAAUUCUGAUGGGAAAGAGGUAGUUACAGCCGAAGGAAGUUUGGGUGUGGAACCAUAUGUGGGUAUGGAGUUUGAAUCUGAGGAGUCCGCGAAGGUGUUUUAUGAUGCGUAUGCCACACGAUUGGGGUUCAUUAUGCGUGUUGAUGCGUUUCGCCGAUCAAUGCGUGAUGGCAAGGUAGUUUGGCGUCGACUUGUGUGUAAUAAAGAGGGUUUUCGAAAGUUAAGGCCUAGAAGAAGUGAGAAUAGGAAGCCUCGAGCUAUUACCAGAGAAGGCUGUAAAGCGAUGAUCGUAGUGAAGAAAGAAAAAUCAGGGAAAUGGGUUGUAACAAGAUUUGUAAAGGAGCAUAACCACCCAUUGGUCACUAUACCUGUCAAUGGUCGUCGGAGUGUGCUUCUAUCUCAAACUCCGGACGAGAAAGAUAUAAAGAUACGAGAGUUGACUGCUGAGUUACAGCGGGAACGGAAGCGAUCUGCAGCUUACCAAGAGCAGCUUGAAAUGGUUUUGAGAGAUAUGGAGGAUCAUUCCCAUCACCUUUCAAGGAACAUUGAUGACAUAGUUGAAAGUGUGAAGGAAAUAGAGACAAAGCGGGUGGCAGUUUCUCACUGCUAGGGAUUGUAAAUUUCUCUGUGCAAUUUCUUUCAUACGCUCCUGUUUAAUCUGUAGAGAGUGAAGUGUACCAGUGGCAUUUUCUUU